AGUCUGACUUCGAUCAUGGAGGCGAGCAGAGACCCAGGGCGCGAUCCGCGAUCGUUAUUGAGUUGUGUGAAUGGCUUCCACCCAAAAGCUUUGGUUUUCGUGUCUGAGAAACGAUGCGCCUUCGCUGCUGGGAAGCUCAUUGUGGAAAUGGAUGUGGAGUCCAAGAAACAGAGGUUUGUGCAGGGACACAGUGCGACUGUGACUUGCAUCACCCAUUCGGAGCAACAAGCGCUGGGAGCAUCGGGGCAAGUGCUGCGAUCUGGCGCCAAGUGGGCAGAAGUCUUGCUUUGGGAUUCAGAAUCCUUGGAGAUUUGCGCCUGCUUUUCAUUCCACCAGGCCAAUGUUGAAGCUGUUGGUUUUGUCCAAGACGGUGAAGUCCUGGUGUCCAUCGGUUCCGACCGCGAUCGAACCAUGGCCUUAUGGCCGGCGGCGCGAGAAGGAUGUUUUCGGAUUGGAAGGAAAGAAGGAGUGCCCUUGGCAGUAUGCUCUGCGUACAAGGGAGGUGCCAUCAGUGGCAUCGCUGCAGCUCCGGGCAGCAGCGACCUGCCGAUGCUCUUUGCGAGCUACGGGGUGCAGCACAUCAAGUUUUGGCGCAGCCCGCGCUCCGGACGCCUGUCCCAAGCCAUUGAGGGACGCCGUGGUGCCUUUGGAUCUGACGGGGUGCCCAAGAUGAUUCUUUGUGCCGUUUGGGUGUCUCGAGACCGCCUGGUGGCUGGGGGCAACAAUGGUGAAGUGUUUUUCUUCCACGGGAGUCGAGCUGUUCGCAAAAUGGAGCCUCAGUCCUCUCCUGUGGCCUGCUUGUUGCCACUGCGGGAGAGUCUGGCGGUCGUUCAUGGCAACGGCAUGUGCCACUUUCUGCAUGGCGGAAAGACGACAGAUGUGGAGUUUUCCAGCGUUGCAGGGUGGCCAGGUCCUCGCUUUCGGACACAGCUGGUGUCAGGUGCGUGGAAAGAUAGGCAGCUGCUCUUGUCCUCAAAGACGCAUUUGAUCUACUUGGACCUGAGCAAUGGUCUACCACGUGCCACAUGCAAGCCCCUGGUAUCACAACCAGCUGCUGCGUUAACCUCAGUGGCAAACCAUCCAGUGGCGCCACGAAUCUACACCGCCGCGCUCGAUGGCUUAGUGCGUUGCUAUGAUGUCAAGGACAUGACGCAGUUGGAACAGCGAAGCUUCCAUGGCUCCAGCCAGGGAGUCACCUGCCUUGCCAUCUCUGGUGCAGCAGAUGAGGAGAGCUCAGCAUGGCUCGCUGUAGGAUGCAGCGAUUCCACUUUGUCCAUCAUGAGCGAAAACUCCUACCAAUAUGUCCUCAGAAGGACUCUGUCAGGCAGCAAAGCCAAGCUGACCUGCGCCAAGUUCUCCUCAGUAGAUAUGUCCGGGAAGCAUCCCCUGUGGCUGGCGGUCGGCACAGAUGAUGGGUGCAUCCAUACAUUCCGUUUCAAGGAGCCUUGCUGUCGGAGCUCAGCCUACACUGGGAUGCACACUGGUGAGGAGGUGGUCAGCAAGGUCGCCACCUUGCGUGGCCACGAGGCUCCCAUCGUGGACAUUUGUUUUGCUGAUACUUUGCCUUGCAACUAUCUGAUCAGUGCGGACCUGUCCGGGAAGGAGUUAGCCUUCGAUGUGCCCAUGGCCCGACGCCUGCCCACCAUGACAUUGGUGAGGGAAGUGCCCUUCCAUCCUUGGACAUUACCUGUGGGAUGGCAGAUGCAAGGAUGCAAGGUGGACAAGAAGCUCCCGAGGGUUCACGAGAUUUCUGGGAGGCAGUUGAUUGCCGUUGCCACUGAUGUCAUCGAAGUCUUUCCCUUUCCGUGCAUUAGCCCUCCGAGCAUCCAUCCACUUCGACUGGAGGGCCCUUCAGCGCCUAUCGCCUCGUUGCUGUUCAACCCGAUGAAUGACAGCCUGUUGGCGAGCUCUGACACGGCUCUUUUCGUUUGGUCAUGGGAAACUGAAGCACAGGCGAGACUACCUCUGAGCCCCUUGCGAUCCGUCCAAGAAUCUGAGACGCCUGAUAGCCGAAAACCGCAGGCCUUCACGCCGCCACCGCGGCCGCGGGUCCAAGUGCAGGACGAUCAGAGCAGGUCCGGCAUUGGAAAGCCGAGACCGAAAGCUGUUGGAAUUGCCAAGCAGUAUCUGCCCCAGAACACUAUGUUAGAUGAAGGGCAAAUUGAUGUGGUGUCCAGUGAGUUUUCCUCCAAUCAUUCCAUUGAACUUGAAGGUGUCUCUUCCGUUGGGAAGUCCGAUCUUGCUUAUUUGGACACGGUGACACUGUUUCAUGAGCAGCUUCGAAGUUGUGCGCUCUUGUAUUUUCUGGGGGUGACAGGCGAACUCUGCGAAAGCCCUGGGGCAGAGUGCGCUUGCCGGCGUCAAGCCAGCAGGGAGGAAAAUGCCGCGGGAGAUGUCCUCACGAAUGACCGACAGCUUUCCGCUGGCCUUCGAAAUAGCUUCGUGGGUGUGGUCCUUGCAGGCCGUGCGCGUGCCCUGGUCAGCACCCGUUUGAGCCUUGCAGGCAAUGCCUUGCCAAAGAGAGCCCAACGGCCUCCGCAGGUCCAUACGGACGCUUUUCCCACGCCGGAAGAGAUCCAGCUACAAACCAUUGCCAUUGCACGAUCACCGUACAAGGAGCGUUUUGGAUGCCCCCGGCAACCAACAGUCACCGAGGGAGUUGUGGGAGGCGAAGCGGCCGAUUGCACUUUGGAAUUUCACCGGGAGGAGAAGAUCCGUUUGGCAUUGCAAGACCUUGAGGGCUUCGAAUUCAUUUGGGUGAUUAGCUAUCUUCACAUGAACGAAGGUUGGUCUGCUCGAGUUACUCCACCAAGAGGACCUCGAAAAAAACGCGGCCUGUUUGCCACCAGAGCACCACAUCGACCGAAUCACAUUGGUAUGUCAGCAUGCCGCUUGGUCAGUGUUGAUACAGAACAGCUGCGAGUCUUUGUUCGCGGCCUUGACUUGCUCGACGGCACUCCAGUGCUUGACAUCAAGCCAUACGUGCCUUACUGUGACAGCUUCCCAGGCGCAAAGGCCGGCUGGUUGGAUGAUCUUGAUGGCGCAGAUGGACGGGAUCAUUUAUCUUACUGGCCACCACCAGAGUCGACCCUGCAUGUGCUGAAGGGUCCUGGAUCUGUAUGGAUCAUUGAAUCUCUGGAUUACAUUGGAUAUCAUUGGAUUACAAUGAUUUUUAUCGCCUUAUCGCACUUCACCUUGCAUCAAGCCUCUGCUCCUUGUUGCAUGAGCGUUUUUUGGUCGAAGAGAAGCCAGGCAUUUGUCUCCAUCUUUCAAGGUUGA